AUGACCGUCCAAAAAAUUUCCUUAAAAGUUAAUGCCUGUCUAUUUGAUGUUGAUGGUACAAUCAUCAUUUCCCAACCAGCCAUCGCCGCUUUCUGGAGAGAUUUCGGUAAAGAUAAACCAUACUUCGAUGCUGAACAUGUUAUAAAUAUUUCUCACGGUUGGAGAACUUAUGAUGCAAUUGCCAAGUUUGCUCCAGAUUACGCUAGCGAAGAAUAUGUUAACAAAUUAGAAGGUGCUAUUCCAGAAAAAUACGGUGAAUAUUCCGUCGAGGUUCCAGGUGCCGUUAAAUUGUGUAAUUCCUUGAACGAGUUACCAAAGGAAAAGUGGGCUGUUGCCACUUCUGGUACCAGAGAUAUGGCCCAAAAAUGGUUUAAAUAUUUGCAUAUCAAGAGACCUACUAAUUUCAUUACUGCCAAUGAUGUUACUCAAGGUAAACCUUACCCAGAACCAUACUUGAAGGGUAGAACCGGAUUGGGAUAUCCUCCAAACAAGGAACACCCAGAAUUAUCCAAGGUUGUCGUUUUCGAAGAUGCUCCAGCUGGUAUCGCUGCCGGAAAAGCUGCCGACUGUAAGAUUAUUGGUAUUGCCACCACUUUUGACUUGGACUUUUUGAAGGAAAAGGGGUGUGACAUUAUUGUCAAGAAUUUGGAAAGCAUUUCCGUCGGUGGAUAUGACGCCAAGACUGAUGAAGUAGAAUUGGUAUUCAAUGAUUACUUAUAUGUUAAGGAUGACAUACAACAAUGGAAAUAG